UCACUCCGUGAAGACACACUCACAACGCUAGAGUAUGCUUGAUUGUUUAUUUUAAUCAAAUAAUUUCAGACAUUUAUACAUGAUUUUGAUUUAUUUAUGUAUGCAGAUUGGUAUUUUGUUCUAAAAUCUACUGAUGUUUGUUUUGUACGUGUUUUCUUUCAGACGUAAUUCGAAAUCGGCGUUUUGUCUGGUGUAAACGUGGUUUACUAAUCGAGAGGUUUCCCAGUAGGUGGCCAAUGUAAAUAUUUGACAUUCCAAACAUACCAAACUCACAGGUUCGACCAAAAUGUCAAAUUCUUUUAAGAGUUUUGCUUGUUAGUGAGUUUUAUUGUGAAAAACUGUGUUAUUAUUUGUGUUUAAUUAAUUCCUUCUCUAUUAAUUACCUAAAUAAGGAUAUCCAAAGCUACAAGAUCCACAGCAUGGAGAGCGGGGAAUCUCCAUUAGAAGUUUUAUCUAGGGCUGCUACAAUGGUCCAGGAGAACCAAUCCUUAGGAGUAUCAGAUGACCCGACGAAACCUUACACAAAACAUACAACAAAAUGGAAGCGAGAAAGGCGGCCGAGACCUCCAGAUUACCCCAGGAAAUCCUCCGACCCGAAAUAUUCCGAAUUCGUCGCCGAUUCUCCAUCGCCGGCGGUGGUUCCUGAGAGCAACGGCGUCUCCGUGCCGGAUACGCCACUGGAUAUGAGCGUCAGGCAGAGAGGGUUGCCGCCCUCGUAUGCCCAGACCAUCAGCAAUCCCGGGUACAGAUCUAGUUAUAGGCCUUCUGUUAUUCACAACGGAGUGCCGCCAGCGAGAGAAGAGUUACCGUCAGGUAUCUCUAUGUGCGAUCCAAUAAUUGACGAGCACUUCCGACGAUCGCUUGGCAACGACUACCACAUCGUAUUCCAAAACAACAAUUCUUCCAAAGACAAAGAACAACAGUCACAGUCACCCCCCAAAAGUCCUCCUACGGUGACCACCACCACCAGCGUGAUCGAACUGAUGGACGGCACUGGGCUAUCAGUCGACGAACAUUUUGCCAAAGCUCUGGGGGACACUUGGACGAAGCUCAACAGCAGGAAAGAAACGGAGAUUCCGAACGGCUCUAGUGAGAACGGACUGGUGUCUACUUAAAUUUACUUACGUAGGGUUUCUAUACAUACCAUACGUUUAGUUUUCGAUUAGAGAUAGGCGACUUAAAGAAGCGCUAAAAUCGGCAACAUUGCUUAUGAGAAUGAGUUGCAUUGCCACAUGACUAAAUAAAUUGGCGCGACUCGGUGUGGAAAGCGAGAAAGCAGUGUUGCCAUUUAUUGGGUGUACUCCUAUAUCUAAUUUAAAAGUAAACACACGGUAGAUCCACUUCAUGAAUAAUAUUGUAAUGGGUGAUGUAUUGUACCCAUUUUGCAGGAUUGUUAGAGAACAUUGUAAUGAAAUUGUUUAAAUAAGUUGAGAGAGGGUUUCGUCAUUUAGUUUAUGAAGUGUUGGUGACAACGCUGUAUUUAUACAUUGAUUGUAUAAAGUCGCAGUUUUGUGCCCAAACUAUUGGCAUUGUUUGUAUAUAAUUUGAGUGUACUGAACCUAAAAAUAUCUUCAGAUUUGCCGUAGCAAACUGUUUUUAAAGAAAUUAUGACAAUUUUCACUAUGGAUGUCUUCUGUACUAUUAUACAGUAUGAUGCAAAAGUGUGGAAUAAAUUCAUUAUUUCAGUGAGUUCUUAUAUUUUUUAAAGAAAUGCCUCUGGGAGGUUGGGAAUGUUGUUUAUAACUAGAAUUUGGGAGUUCUCCAAAUAAUAGAGUUGUUUAAAAUGACAACAUUAAAUAACGAGAAAAAAAAUUAAUUAUUAUUAAAGAUCUAAAUUUGGCAAAUUGCUAAAAAUUGUGGAGAAAGGUAUUUUAUAAAAAAUUAGAUAUUGUAUAAGAUCAUCAAAAAAGUAAUUUUUUAAUUUUCAUUAAAAACUAAAAUUAAAUAAUUUUGUUUUAAAUUAAAACAAUUAUUCACUGAUUUUGUGAUUGUUUUUCGAAUGAAAAAUGGCUAGAGAAUAUAAAUCUAGUUAUGAGUAACCUUCCAGAGGUUGUUUCUACAAAUAUUUAAGGUCUGGCCAGUCUGAGAUUGCUGUUUCCAUUUUCAGAACAAUGCAACAAUAUUGCGAAUAUUAUCAAGUGGUUGUGUGGAAUAGGCAGAACGCUAAUGCAAUUUUAAUUCCCACAGUUGUAUCUCUAAGGCUAGAUCUGAUUUUUAAAAACGUAGGACAUAACUCUAGGAUCGGUAUAUUCAAAAUUACCAAACUCAAUUGCUUUUCUCCAAUAAAAUAAUUUAUUUGGGCUGUAUUAUGGACACCACCCCGCCUGAAAAAUUGAUAUUUUUUUUAUUCAUUUAGAAGUAUACACAGAGAAAUUAAUAUAUACAAACUUGUUAGCUUAAAAGCCAAAUUUUAAACUCAAAAAAUUAUUGUUUGUGAGUUUAAAAUUUGGUAACUCAUAGCUUAUCAGUGCGAUUAGCACGUGACGUAGCUCUUCGUACAUUUGCUUGACUUUUACGACCUUAGUCAGGCCGUCUUCUUCUUGGCCUUGUAAUCUUAAACAUUUCUCGCGCAGUAACUGCUGCAGUUUUUCACUAAUCAUACUACAAAAAAUGUGUGUGUACUUUGUACGCACGUAAGAAGUUAUACUUCUAUUAUAUGAUUUCAACGAAAUCAAUAUACUUUAAACAGUUUAUUUAUAUUUUAUUUAAAUAUUAAACUAAUUUUAAUACUCAUUACUUUCCAAAAAUUUUUAUUAAAACAAUACCAAAAAUUAAAAAAAUAAAAGAAUAAAACACACUCAAACACAUUGAAAAAUGAAACAAAGAAAUGAUUUCUGAACAAUAAUUGUUGAGAACAAUUUUAACUAAAUACAUAUUUUCUAAAAAAAAAAUAUAAUAAUUAUACUUACAAUCAUAUAAUGUAUAAAAAAAAUUUAAAAAAUAAAAAUUUGCAUUGGGAAUCGAACCUGCGUCUAUAGGGUUGUUAGAUUUUGUGCUCACCGCACGCAGAACUUAGUUAGCGAGACAUUUGAAUGAUGUGGGAAGAUAUAGCAACUAAACGUUUUUGACAGUUGCUUAUUCUCUUAGUUUAAUUAAAUAAGUUUGAUUCUUGCGGAAUUAAAAUAUUAAAAUACAACAAAAUAUAGACUAAAAAAGCAAUUUAUUAGAUAUGAAGCAGGUACCUACAUUUUCUAAAUAGGUAUGUUGGUCCUAAUCUUUUAUUACAAUACUGAAACAUUUAAAAUUACGUACCUGUUGGUUUUAAUUUAAAAAGUCACUACAAUUAUAAACUUGUUUUUUGUGUCUGUCCUCACAACAACAAAAACUAAUAUACUACAUACAAUUUGUUUACCCAUAACCAUUGACGUAUUAAUAAAAAAAAUUUAAAGCACUCGUGGGAGUGCCGACAGAAGUGAAAACUUCCUAUAGUAUCUAAAUUACGAGCUCAAUGCUUUUUCCCUAUCCAAAAAGCAGUGCUAUACUUAUAUUAUAUACGCGUUGCGUACGUUCUAUGCUAUUUAUGUAUACAUAUACAUAAUAUAUAUACAUACGAAAUUUAGUUCGGCAAAGUAAUGACGGUCGCAAACACAAUACUUUUUCCUAUCUAAAAAGUGCAAAACUUCCCUAAAAAAGUUUUCACUUCACAAAUUUAUUUCAUCGAAGCAAUGGCGGUCGCUAAUUGAAUACUUUUUCUCCGUCUAAAAAGAGCACGACGUCUCUAAAGAAGUUUUUACUUCAAACAUUUAUUUCGUUAAAGCAAUGACGGUCGCUAAUUUAAUACUUUUUCCCCAUCGAAAAACAGCAAAACGUCCCUAAAGCAGUUUUCACUUCAAAAAUUAGUUCGUCGAGGCAAUGACGGUCGCUGAUUCAACACUUUUCUCCAUCUAAAAAGGGCACAACGUCCCUAAAGAAGUUUUCACUUCAAAAAUUUAUUUCGUCGAAGCAAUGACGGUCGCGCGGACGGUCGCUAAUUCAAUACUUUUUCUCCAUCUAAAAAGAGCACGACGUCUCUAAAGAAGUUUUCACUUCAAAAAUUUAUUUCGUUAAAGAAAUGACGGUCGCUAAUUUAGUACUUUUUCGCCAUUGAAAAAGGGCAAAACGUCCCUAAGAAAGUUUUCACUUCAAUACAUUAUUUCUUCGAACCAAUUUAUCGGAACACUCUGUGUAUACUGAUAAAUAUUACUAAAUUUUAUGAAAAACCUGAGUUUUUGAAUAAUUUGCCUUUAUUUGUUUUUUUAUAUGCGAUUUUUAUUCAUUUCUAUUCAAAAGGGGUUGGUGAAAUAAUUAAGCAAAAUUCUAAACACCAUUCAUAAAAGACCUUCGUAGUUCAGAGGCGGAACAUUUAUUAUAUUCGCCCUGUAUUAAUAUAAAUUUAAAAUUAGGAAGCACACGGUUGUCCUUUUUAUAAGAAGGACCAUUUUUUGAAUUUUUUUUAUAGGUGAGCACUAGUGCACAAGUUCCUUUGUCAUUUUGAGUUUGUGAUUUAAUUUUUUUAUUUUUAGUUUUUAGGCCUGGGUCCCGCGUACCAAAAAAAUGUAGACUAAUAAUAAGCUGAAAGUUUGUUAAUAGCUUAACGGUGUCUAGUCGGACAAACUUUGAUGUAUGGGAACACUGGAACAGGGGCAGUUUUAAUUGUGGAACGUGUCAUCCUGACAAGUUUAGGAUUGUGAAAACUAGCAGGUUGUUUUUAAAUUAUAACAAACUAUAAUAUGAUAUAUAAAAAAAUGUUUGUCCGACAAAUAUGUUGGACAUUUUAAUAAGUCCGACACGUAGAACAUGUCAAAUGACAAGAAGUAUGUUGGUGAUAAAUAGCAGUCUAAUUUUUGCAUGAGAGUUUAAUGAAAGGGUAACAAAUCAAUUGAAAGUUCUGUCCGACAAAAUACAAGUUUCACAAUUAAACACAGCACAAUUAAAACUUCCCCUGUUCCAAUGUUACUAACAAAUUAUCAGCUUGCUAUUAAUAAACCUUUUUUGGUACGCGGGAUCCAGGUCUAUUUCGUUUAUAACUUGACUUUCGUUUCAAACACAGUUUUUGUUUAAAACUCAACUUUUACAUUCGAAAUUCUCAAGCAGAGUGUUAAUUUUUGGUUUAUUUGUAAUAAUUUGAAGUUGAAGUAAGAGUAAUACUGUAAGAGAAAAAUAUGGUUUGUUGCUACAAGUGUUAUAUUUAAGGUAUCAAUUUGAUUUGAACUAUCCAAAAUGUUCUUUUCUUAAUAGUUACUUUGUACAUUUUUUUUUUCGUAUUCACUGGUGUAUAUGUGUUGAGAUGUGGAGUAUUUGGGUUUUCGCGCAUGCGUCGUAUAUGGGGAGAAAAUUUAAACAGAAUGGCAGUCUUCUAUAAAAUCUUUCACAUUAUCAUACAGUUUGCAAUAUUAUUGCAGAAUGUAUAAUAAUGUUGAUAUAAUUUAGACAUAGACCUUUUUAGAAAAUUCAAAAACUUUAGUUUAACUCUUAGUCUCCCCACGGUACUUUUGAGUACCACCAAAUUCUGGUACUCUGGUACUCAAAGAUUUGUAGGUACUCUAAAGGAUUGUUGGGAAAAAAUAACGUUUUUAGCUUAUUUUAAAAGUUUAUGACCGAAAAAAUAAGGCGGACUUAAAAGUACCGUUGGUAAAUAACUGUCAAAAAAAUUCUAAACGUGGUGGGAUACUAAGGAUUAAGAUAUAAUCAAUCACAGAAGUUUGUUUUGGUGGUAUACUUAUUUUUUUUAACAUUUCGAUGCUUGGCAAUUGCAAAAGACCAACUUUGAGUUGUAUAGAAAUUUUGGGAGCCUGACGUUUUAAAAUGCAUUAAGGUAUCACGUCUAAUGUAACAAAUACUUGCUUCUGCUGGAGUUUAUGUAAAAGGAAUGAGAAUUGGAAAGUUGGUUGAAAGAUAAACUCCAAACAGAAGUAUGAAAUUAUAGCUAAUGCAACAAAAAAAAACAAUGUAACAAAAAUGGUCCCACGUUGGGAGCCAAUGUUACAAAAACUACUUUUGCAGUAGUUUUGUAUAGGACAAUGAAAAGAUGAAGAGUUGAUAGUUGUAAGAUGAACUACAAAUAUAAGUGGGAAUAGAAAGUUGGUAUUGAAUGUAGUUAGGCUAGCAGGAUAUGCAAGAGAAUGACCACUUUACACUCAAGGAUGGUUUCGGCCAAUUUGCAUGCCUGUCAAAGACAGUAGAUCAAAGUAGAUAGUGAUGAUGACUAGGAAAGAAAAUAUUAAAAUAAGAAUAGAUGUACUGAAAAUGGAUAAAGAAGAACAAAUCGUGGGCGCCAAGAGAGGGUUUUCGAUCACUCUCCCAGGUAUCCUACACUGCUGUAAAAUAUAUCAAAUCUGUAAAUGCAAAAAUGAGGGAAUAAUAAUAAAUGAUAUACAAAACAAAUAAAUAUUUAUUAAAUACAACUACUUAGAUUUUGACAACCUCUGAGUUAAACAAAAUUCUAAUAAUUUUUUUUCUCCCGAGUAGAAGGGGAUUGUAACGGAUAACACGUUACGAAAUGACUUUUGAACUCUUUAAUUAUUGUAUAAUUUAUUUUCUGUUGAUUUGUUUGAAAUACUCUAAUUGUGUCGUAAAUAAAUAUUUCCGUGACGUCAUACUUCGGUGUACGGAACGUACUCUACGCCACAUAGUGGCAAAUAUGACCUCGCGUUCUGACGUUUACCUUGUCGGAGAAGCCUAUAAAAUGACAAGAAAUAACAAUAGUUACCUAUCUUAAUAUAGAUGUAAUAACAAUCAUAUUAAAGGUAAAAGAAAUUAGUACCUCUUAUUGGGACCGUGCAAGUUCGGAAGAGCGACACCUGGUUUCAUAGCUCAGCAACAUUUUUAGCACUUUUAAUUUAUUGGCCAAUUAUAUUAGUCCUGGUUACUGGAUAAUUGUCAAGGCCAUAGCCCAAAAAAGAAUAAAGAAAAAGUAAGAUUGAGGUUAUGUUAUUUAAAAGUAGACAUGGUACUACAAGCGAAAUACCAUUAAUUAAAUUCACUUUAAUAAUUGCAUAUCAUAUCAAUAUUGUGGAGCAACAUAUAAUUUUUACAAUUGAUAACACACCAUUUGCGAAAUACCAUUUUCUUUAAUGACACUAGGUAUGAAAUAUACGUCAAUUUGACAAUUUCAAUUAACCAUUUGAAUUAUUUUUUAAGAAGUACGUUAAGACAGUUGCAAGAUUUCUCCGGUAUUUGCGCACGAUAGUUUUUCAUAUCCCCUCCAAGUACUUGCACACAACGAAUAGAGUCUCGCUGCAACAGCGUGAAAAAGCUGCACAGAUGUUAUGUUGAAACAGUUUUUGAGUUCUUCAUCCAGGAUGUCCAAAGUAUUGUAACUUAUGAAUGAAUUCCAUCAUACGGCUUAAUUGACAGAUGACAUUAGAACCGAGAUUUUGACGUAGACGUCUUUAACACUGCUAUAUAUAGAUUCAUUGGCAGUUCAAAACAAGUGAAUUAUUCGUUUUGUGAAUGAACUAAAAUAUGACGUAAGAUGACACUUUGUUUUUCUUAUAUUGGGCAUUGGGCCAAUUGACAGCAGGGUAGCUGGUCCCAAGCCCGGGUAAAAGAGUAGGGAGGCCAGCAAUUUAUACUUUCUAGUGCUCAACUAUACAAAUAUCGAUUAGGUCGACAUAUGUAAAGAUACCUAUGUAUCGUCAGUGUGUACUAACAGGACACUUCUACUAAAGUGAUUAAUUGAUAAAGAUAAUAUAUUAUGUACAUGUUCUUUACAGCAAGGAACAAUGCACAAGGAACUACUCCUUUCGUUCUGUGUUACUUACUGUUCAUCGUUCGUCUAACCUACUCAACAUCUCUGAUACAUAUACCUUACUAUUUGCUUCUACAUUAUUAUAAAGACAAUAUUUUGUAAAAUAUUUUUUGUAAUAUCUGUAUAUAAUUUCCAGCUGUAUAUAUUGACCAGUAGUUAUAUAUUUAUUGUUUAUGGCAGAGAGUAUCAUAAGUUUGUAAAUGGAUACUCCUUUACUAGGAUUAUCCUAGGAGUUGUUUGAGGAAAUUUGAAAAUGAUCUCAGCAGAAUAAAUUAGAAGUUAUACCAAACAAUGCGAAUAAAAUUUUCAGUAAGCAUGUAAAAUACACAUUGAGGUAGAAAAGUAUUUCGAGAGAAGAGAGAGCUAGAUAUUAUAACGUACCUAUAGAUAACUCUCUAACGACUUAAAACAAUGAAAUAUAACAUAAAAUAAAAAUGUAAUAAAAGAUAAAAAUAUUGAAAGCUAUAUAUGAAGAGUGGAUAUAACGGGCCAAGUGACAAAAAAUCAAUAUUUCUGUUUUUUCAAUUAUAAUGGUCUAUGCAACAAUGCCGUCAACCUGUAUUAUGGGCCAAGUGACAGUUGCAUUGGAAAUAGCUCUAAAUAAAUUCAACAGAUAGCGUCCGCCGUUAAGUAUAGGGUUCCGUUUCCUGAUAAAAACUCAUUUUUCUCGAUUGUGUAUUUUUGUCACUUGGCCCGUUAUACAGUGUGUCCACGGUUGGGGUGCCCAAAUGGAAAAACUUUUUUAUUUUCCAUUUUAGCGAAAAAUGGGGUCCUAGAACAAGCAAAACUUUUUAUCAAGAAUGACAUUUUUCGCUAAAAUUGAAAAUAAAAGUUUUUCCUCUUGGGCACCCCAAUCGUGGACACACUGUAUAUCUCCACUCUUCAUAUAAGCAAAAAUCGGUGAAAAAGUCCAAAAUGGACGGCGUAAAAACCAACUAAUGGGAGAAAUAAUGGAUGUUAAACAUACAUAUAUGCCUAGUAGUAGAUUAUGUAUGUUUAGCUAGAGCACGGAAUGAGAAAUUGAUCCACGUGAUCCAAACUUAUGAUACACUUUGUUAAUAAUUCUGUUCACUUACGAGUAUAUGCAUGUAUCCAUUGAAUGAUCCACGUUAUUGCAUGUAUCCUAAUAAAUUAUUUUUAAUUUUGAA